UUUUAUAUUUUUUUCAUUCGUUUUGGGAAGAAAACAUUCUAAAGAAUAUUUUUCCACCCAUAUUUUAAUAUUUAGCGAGUUUUAAAAGUGUCAUAUACCCCUGCGAACAUGGGAAAAUCUAUAUGUUGCUUCAAAAAUGAUAAAAAAGGUAACUUUACACUAGGUGUUGAGAAUGUAUGAAGGGAAAAGCAAUCAACUUGAUACUGCGUGCACUUCUUGCCUAUUGGUAACCCAAUUAGAAAAUACAAUGACCAAAUUUAUGGAAGCUUCAUUUUGGGAAAAAUGAGCAUUUAAUUUCACAAAAAAAGGGGAAAAAUGCAAUUUUUAUAUAAAAGUAGCAUAUUAAUUAGGAUUCCGGCCGAUUCCCGCAGUGAUGUUAAUCUCAAAAUGUCCGCCCAAACCUAUGCUUUCCAUGUAUGGUAUUUCUUUUUGCCAUAAUUUGCGACUCUGCAUGUGCAGGCGCUUUUUCUCCCCACGUCCAUCGAUUAUUAUUAGGCAUAAUCGGUACAAUUUUGUACUGUUUACGCACAGCCGAUUCAACGCUCGUCCGCGUAACCAUGGCAACGGUUACGUGAGUGUAGAGCGUGUAGCGUAGUGUAUAUUGCUUUCACACGUUGAUGCAAUUCGCAAUCAUAUAUGAUAUCAUUCUAGGAGAACUUGGAUUGAAAUAAACGAUGGCGGUAUUAAGAAGACAGCUUUUUCAUGCUGUGCAUUCAGCUGGCUUCAUUUCAGACAUCAAACUGGCAUCCAAAACAUCCAUUGAUGCAUUAUGUGCAUAUCAUAAUUUGGGUAACAAGUCAAACAUCCCACAAAAACUUCUCAAGAGUUUGUCAAAGACUAUUGGACGCUUUCUGUAUCGUAUGCGAGAGAAAUGGAACAAGUGUGGUCGUCGCCAGGAAUAUUUCAUGAAAGAAAACGAGGACUGGCUUAAUCAGACAUUGACAUUCAAUACUGAAGUAGAAACAUUUCUUGCACAGCAAAACAGCACAGAUACCGGGACAGAAACAGAGCCAACUUCAGACUUGCCAGGCACGUCACAGGGCGCAUCCAAUGUGGGACGUCCAGCUAAGAAUUGGGACACUCUCUCAGAUCGUUCUAAAAAAAGAAAAGCACACCACCUUCUAGAAGACAGGGAACCAGAGGAACUUCUAUAUGCGGCAUCUCAAGGCGUGUAUAAGAAAAAUUCAAGUUUGAAAUAUGUGUUGAAAUUCGCAAUGCUAACACCAUCAAGACCAGCUAAAAUAAGAAAACUGAUAUCAGAAAAAAAGAAAGAACCAUUAAAAUUCUCAAGUGAAGAAGCUUUGUCACUUUUAGUUGAAACAGGAAUGACAAAACAGGCAUACCAAACAACCAGACUUGCUGCAAAAGGUAAAAAUGCUGAUAUUUAUCCACCGUAUAACGAGAUUAGGGAAGCUAAGGAAAAAUGUUAUCCCAAUGACAUCUCAGUCACGGAAGACUCUGGGAAAGUACCCCUACAAAGCCUCUUAGACCACACUGCACUUCGGAUAAUUCAGGAGCAGAAGGACACUAUCACGCGAGUCAUUGAAAAUUUAGAAGAAGAUGAACAGUUCAAUUGUGAAUUGGUGUGCAAAUGGGGCUUUGACGGCUCAUCAGGCCACAGUGAAUACAAACAGAAGUCUACUGCAGGUACUUUGGAUGACAGCAGCAUAUUCUGCACUACUCUAGUUCCGCUGCAAUUGAAGGUAAAAGACAGUAUUUUGUGGCAAAAUCCGGUUCCUUCUUCGUCAAGAUUUUGCCGACCCAUUCAUCUUCAAUUCAAGAAAGAAACAACUGAACUCUCUCAGGAAGAGUAUAGAUCUGUUCAAGAUGAAAUCAAGAAAUUGCAACCUAUGAAUGUAUCUUUGGACAUUGAUUAUGAGCUGGCAGCAGAUCUAAAUAGGAACGACACCAUACAGAUUAACUAUGAAUUGCACUUCACCAUGGUAGAUCAGAAAGUCGUGAAUGCUCUGACAGAAACCAAGUCAUCUAUGCGAUGCUAUGUCUGUGGGGCUACUCCCAAACAGUUCAAUGACAUAGAGAAACUUCCCUCCGCGUCAAAUGAGGAAGCUUAUAGCUAUGGACUCUCACCUCUACAUAAAUGGAUCAGAUGUUUUGAGAUGUGUAUUCACAUUGCUUACAGAAUUACGAUUAAAAAGUGGCGUGUUUCAACUGAAAAUGACAAAGCUGUCGUCGCUGCUCAGAAGAAGAAAAUACACGAUCGCUUCAAAGAGGAAAUGGGUCUUAAAGUAGAUGAACCGAAACAAGGAUCGGGAAAUACAAACGAUGGGAACACUGCACGCAGAGCAUUCCAAGAGGAGGACACCUUUGCUGACAUUUGCGGGUUAGAUUUGAACUUAGUACAUAGGAUUCACAUGAUCUUAGUAGCAAUUUCUUGCAAAUCCUCUCUAAAUCCAGUACGAUUUGGAGACUAUUGUCGCAGAACAGCAGAAAUCUAUGUACAACUCUACCCAUGGUAUAAAAUGCCUGUGAGUGUGCAUGUACUGCUGCUUCACGGCUCUACCAUUCUUGCUUGUUCAGUUCUACCGAUCGGGAUGAUGAGCGAAGAAGCUCAAGAAGCCAGAAACAAGGACAACAAGGUAUACAGAAGGAAAUUUGCAAGAAAGACAUCAAGAGUAGACAAUAUGAGUGACGUGUUCCACCGUCUUAUGAUUACAGGCGAUGUUGCCAUCAGUCUUUUAUCACUUAAAACUCCACAGCCAAGAACCCUGCCACGUGAAGUCCAAGAGAUGCUGAAAGACUUUCGGGUCAUUCAAGACAAUGAUUCUCCAGACAGUGACUCGUAA